CCGGACCGGAAGUUCGAUUCUUAUUGGGGUUAGGUUUAGACUGAGUGGGUGGCUGGUUCAGACUGUGCUGUCACAAAUACGAAUAUAGUGUGAUAUUUCAUAUUUAAGCUGAAACUACAUCUGAUAAAGCAAGUGGAGUAUGUGUAACAGCUGCGUACAGAAAGAGUAUCCUGAUCGGGGGAACACCUGUCUGGAGAAUGGCUCCUACCUUAUUAACUACGUGGGCUGUGCCAAGUGCCACCAGAGGGACUUUGUGUUGAUCAGCAACAAAGCCACGGAAGAUGAGGAUGGAGAAGAGAUCGUCACUUACGACCAUGUGUGCAAAAAUUGUGAUCAUAUCAUAGCAAGACAUGAGUAUACCUUCUCUGUGGUGGACGAUUAUCAGGAGUACACCAUGCUGUGUCUGCUUUGUGGGAAAGCUGAGGACUCCAUUAGCGUUCUACCCGACGACCCCAGGCAAACGGCCCCUCUCUUUUAGGUCACCGACCAUUCCAACCACCUCUGUGUCCACAUGUAUUACUGUGUUUUUGGACUGUUCUCAUCUGAGAUCUGUCCUAAACAUUUAAAAAUCAACCCUGUCCCAUAUUGACAGCUGUGACAUUUAUUCAUGCUGAGAAUCUUGUCAAACAAACUCCAGCUCAUUUCGAUUUAUGAAACAAAAUUCUCCUGGAAUUCCCUUGAGUAAAAAAACACAGAAAGUGUGCGUUUUGGAAUAUGACUGGUCUGAAUAUGCCCUGAAAAAUUACUGAAAAAACAAAUCCCACUGCUCUACAACAUAGAGCAUAUGCUUUGUAUGUGUUUUUGUAACUGAAUGAUUCUUUCAAAAUAUAUAUGUGUUCUUUUCAAAAUAUAUGUUUAUGGAAUGACAGAAAUAAAUAUAACCUAUGGAA